AGGGAAAUACCUAAGCCUUAUGUGCCGACAGAGGAGGAGAGAAGACUCCUUAAGGAAUGUGCUGAAGAGAGUGCCCGGUAUAGAGCUUUUCCUCUGGCUGCAGUGAGCAUGCUUGGUACUAGCUUCUUAAUUAAGAAAGGCAUUCUAAGAGACAGCUCAAGACUUGGCUCCUUUGUAAAAGUUGCAUUUGCUGGAGUAUGUGGAUACAUGGCUGGGAAGAUUUCCUACUUGCCAGUCUGUAGUGAGAAAUUUAAGCAGCUGAAGGAUUCCCCAAUAGGAGACGUUCUACGACAAGCUCAGAGACAUAGUUCACCUAACCGUUCCAGUCGGAAAUCUGAAUUUUCAGACAUGCCUUCUCAGCCAUACACUGAAUCUUCUUCUCCCAGAGCUGGAUACCCACUUCCUUCUAGCUAUUCAGAUGAUUAUAGUUCAACAGAUAGAGCCCUCUCCAGUUAUGAACCUGUUCCUUUCAGUGCUUCCCUGAAUGAAUCCUCACCUACAGGAAUUACUGAUUAUGCUGCUCAAGAUCCUGCUCCGAUUCCAGAAGAAAGUCGUAAAAAAAAAGGCAUCACAUACGAGGAAUUAAGGAAUAAACACAGAGAGACAUAUGAGGUAAUGCUACCACCAAAGGCAGAAACUCCAAGCAAGUUUUCCCAGGAAAAACCAGCUAAGGAAGUUAAAGUAAAUAAAUACGGAGAUACCUGGGAUGAGUAAGAGCUGAAUGAAGAACUGAAGAAAAUGAUCUCCUGUCAGCUAACUUGAACUUCAUCUAGAUUAGUCACAAGUAUGAGCAUCUUUGGUGUCUUCUGCCAGGCACAGCUCUUGAUAAAUGAGGAGAAAAUCCUGACUUGCCAGAAGAUUAAAAAAAGCAAGCAAGCAUUUAGGCUUAAUGUUUUUGUAAUUUUGCAUAAAUGGCAAGCACAGCUAUGGUGAGGAGUCCUGGCUAUAAACCAUUUGUGCUACCACUGAAGAGUGAAAAGGGUAACUCACAAUAACAAAUAUAAAUGCAUAGCAGAGGGUAAAAAUGUAUGUAAAUAAAUGCAAUCACGUGUAUUGAGAAGGGGGAAAAAUCAGAAUCUUCUCAAAUUUCCAAGACUUGCAUUAAAAGUUACCUGUAGAACU